AUGUGGAGUAUUCUUCUUAUAGCAGCUCUAUUCGCGACCGCGCGGUCCAAACAGAUACCGCCGCACACGGAACUGGUCACCACAACUGUAGCCACAGCCACUGAGCUAUCAGAAUGGCCGGCGGCUCUCGCGCCACUGGACACCUUGACGGUCACCUGCGAGAAAGAGAACAUGCAUGUAGCCAUCUCGCUCGCACACACACGACAUCCCAACAGUAUUUACGAUACUUUCAACGGUAUCGUAUACCCAGCGGGUCUUGGCAGUAAUUCAACGUGUCUCAGAGAGUACGUCUCAGCUAGAGGCGACCUCCAAUACACCCUCCCACUAAAAGGAUGCAACACAAUGAGCACUGAUAAUGAUGACGGUACUGUUGAGUAUCACAACAACAUAAUAGUUCAGCCUCACCUUCGCUUGGUGACCGGCCAGGGUCGAGGGUAUCACGUGAGAUGUAGGUACAGAAGAAGAGACCUUACAUUGUACCACCUGCAUAGACCUCACGCGGACAGAUAUACUGGCUCCAGCAACGAUUAUAACAGUGACGAGUAUGACGAAGACUCGGGCCUGCUGCCUUCAGUCACCAUGAAGAUAUAUAAAGGAGACCCCGAAGAUAAAGAGGUGGCGUCUAACGUGAAAAUCGGUGACACUCUAACGUUAGUGGUGUCUCUUGAGAAGCAGCGUCAGUAUGGUCUCCUGGUGUCCGAGUGUACCGUACGUGACGGACUCGGCUGGGCGGAACAGAGCCUUAUUGCUGACGAUGGGUGCCCUCUCGAUGGAGAGAUCAUGGGUCUAUUCCAGUAUUCUAAUGAGAAGCAAGAGGCGAGGGUCUCGUUCCCCGCACACAAGUUCCCAUACACGGCCAGCGUGUAUUACACGUGUGAAGUGAAGCUCUGCGACCUCAACCAUCCCACUGAUUGUGAGCCGUGCAGUCACAAGCGCCGUGUCCGUCGUCAGUCAGACGAGUCCCCGGCUACAGUGGAGGUGUUCUCAGGGCUGUAUGUGAAUGAAGCUGACUCACCUGACAAUGAUGUCACCAGCGAGAAGAAAGAAGACGAGAUAUGCAUAUCACAGAAGAACUUCGCGAUAGGUAUCUGUAUAGCGGGCGUCAUCCUCAUGAUAUGUGUGAUAGCUGCCAUAGCCUUCAUCCUCGCCAGACGAAGGAACCCCAAGACAUACUCAAGGACCGGCAGUUCAUUAUACAGCGGGCCUUACACUAACACUGGAUAUUCACACACUAGUUAA